AUGUCCAGAUCUUUGGUACCAGCUAAUUUCAAGGACAUACUGCUCAAAUAUAUCAAAUUUAUAGGUCCUGGUAUCAUGGUAUCAGUGGCCUAUAUGGAUCCAGGUAAUUAUUCAACUUCAGUUUCUGGUGGUGCUAAUUAUGAAUACAAGUUAUUAUUUGCAGUCUUCAUCUCCAAUAUAUUUGCUGUGCUCCUUCAAUGUCUUUGUGUGAAAUUGGGGUCUGUCACUGGUUUGGAUUUGGCUCAGAAUUGUCGUAAACAUUUGCCUUCCUGGUUGAACCUGUCUUUAUAUUUUUGUGCUGAAUUGGCUAUUAUUGCUACUGAUCUUGCUGAAGUUGUUGGUACUGCAAUUGCAUUAGAAAUCUUGUUCAAAAUACCUUUGAUAUGGGGUGUCUUGCUGACUGUCUUGGAUGUGUUGGUGAUUUUAAUAGCUUAUAGACCAGAGACAAACUCCAUGAGAAAUGUUCGUGGAUUUGAAAUAUUUGUGAGCAUAUUUGUGUUUUUAACUGUUGUAUGCUUUGUGCUGGAACUAUUCAAAAUUAGUGUUCCAAAUAAACUAACACUCUUCAGGGGGUUUUUACCUUCAAAAGAAUUGACUGAAGAAAAAGGGUUAUACUUAUCUUUAGCUAUUUUGGGAGCAACAGUCAUGCCACAUUCACUUUACUUAGGUUCAUCAUUAGUUCAUUCAAGAUUAGCUGAUUAUGACAUUCAGCACAAUAAGAAAAGGCCAGUUGAUUCUAAAAGACCAUCUCUUGGUGCAUUGAACUAUUGUUUGAAAUUUUCAUAUGCUGAAUUGAUUAUAUCUUUAUUCUUUAUUGCAACAUUUGUCAAUUCUGCCAUCUUGAUUGUUGCAGGUGCUACACUUUAUGGUCAACCAGAUGCUGAUGACGCUGACCUAUUAUCGAUUUAUGAAAUGCUUUCAAGAUACAUCUCACCUGCUGCUGGUUUAAUAUUUGCUUUGGCUAUGCUUUUCAGUGGUCAAAGUGCAGGUAUUGUAUGCACAAUGGCUGGUCAAAUUGUCAGUGAAGGGUUCUUGGAGUGGAGUUUCCAACCUUGGGUAAGAAGAAUCAUAACAAGAAUGAUCGCUAUUAUCCCAUGUAUUUUUGUUACUUUGACAAUGGGUAGAAAGGGAAUUGCUGACAUCUUGAAUGGAAGUCAAGUUUGUUUGUCGUUGAUCUUACCAUUUGUUUCAGCUCCACUGAUUUACUUUACCAGUGUCAAGAAGUAUAUGCAAGUUGAUAUUGAUGAACAAGACAGUGAACACCAUAUCUUGAGCUCUAGUGGAAAUCCAAGCAAUUAUGGUGCUAUUGCAGCAUCUAGAGACGGUACCACAACUGGAAAGAAAACUGUGGAUUUCACAAAUGGUAAAAUAUUGACCUAUUUGUCUGUUUUAACUUGGGCUACAAUUGGAUUCUUCAACAUAUUUUUGAUCGUUUCAUUGGCCUUAGGAAAAGAUGUACAUUUUUGA